GGUCUGUUUUCUCUCCAUCAUGCCCGAGCCCGCCAAGUCCGCGCCGGCCCCGAAGAAGGGCUCCAAGAAGGCGGUGACCAAGGCGCAGAAGAAGGACGGCAAGAAGCGCAAGCGCAGCCGCAAGGAGAGCUACUCGGUGUACGUGUACAAGGUGCUGAAGCAGGUGCACCCCGACACGGGCAUCUCGUCCAAGGCCAUGGGCAUCAUGAACUCGUUCGUCAACGACAUCUUCGAGCGCAUCGCGGGCGAGGCGUCGCGCCUGGCGCAUUACAACAAGCGCUCGACCAUCACGUCCAGGGAGAUCCAGACGGCCGUGCGCCUGCUGCUGCCCGGGGAGCUGGCCAAGCACGCCGUGUCCGAGGGCACCAAGGCCGUCACCAAGUACACCAGCUCCAAGUGAGCGCUCUCCGAGCCACUAUCCAACCCAA